ACAAACAAGUGAACAACACUGCUUGAACCAUGUUAAAUGUGAGUAAAAUUUCUUUACAAAGAAACGGAGAUAUGCAUAAUAAGUGCGCUCACCUCGAAAUUGGAUUGAGAUUAAGGAGAGAAUCAUGGGGUCAUCGGCGUCAAAGCGAGUGAAGAAUUGUCUAUCGAACUCGACCCAAUUCGACUCAGCAUGCGACUCGGCCUUCUCUCACUGUCUCUCUCUAACGCAGCACGCCUUCGAAGGAGUGUUUCCCUACCAACUCAACACUGCCUCCGAUCACAUCCACAAUCUCAUCUCCAAAUCCAACGCCCCUCAACCACUCAUCCAGAAGUGGGUCCCCACACCACCCGAUCGGUCGCAGGUUGACUCCGCCCUCCGCCGCGUCACUUCACCCGACCAGAUCCUCGGACCCGUCGUUUUCAAGGCAUGGGCUCUUCAGCUAUACACUGAAGCCGUGUUAUCCGGCGCCGGAAAAGCGGUUAUGGUGCGCGUUCCUGUUGGUGUCGCCGGGAUCGUCGGAAUCGGUGCCCUAACUCGCCCUUCCCCGCAAUUGCUUGGGACCUUCGUUGGAGCCUACUCACUUGGCGUUGCCCUCUCUAUUUUUCUAGGUUUAUCCGCAUGAAUUUUAUUUUCUAUUAUGUAUUUUUGAAUAUUAACUUCAAUCUUAAAUGUGCUUUAAUGUAUAUUUUCCUCUCUCUUUUUUUCUGCCUUUAUGUAAAAAAAAAAUGUGUAUCCUUCUAGAAGUAUUGAACAAUUUUUAGUUUAGAAUUAUAAUGCUAGCAUUCUAUUUUGUUAUAAUUAAUAAAGUUUGAACUUUACUUUACAAGAUGAUUAUACCUAUAAAUCAUUUCUUCUGCCUCUUGAGACUUCUUUUUUAUUCAAUAGUGUUGUGCUUCACUUUGGCUGUUUCACUUGCUCUUGGAAAAUGUGGAAAAUAUUUCCUUACAAGUUAUUUAGGGAAGAAAUAAAGCCUGAGCCCCAGUGAUUAUGUAACGAAACCUACUUCAUAUCAUUUAUUCUCCUUUGGAAAAUAAUAAUGAGUAUGGCUCAGACAAAUAUAUAAACCACAAGAACAAGCCUUCUCCCAACAUAUGUAUAUGGAUCCUUUGUAAUCACUCUAUCUUGGGCUGUGUUAUCCAUCAGUGGGAUGUAUUGUGUAUGAGAAUUGGUUUAGUUUGGAGUUGAAAAGGUUGUAAAACUUAUUCCUUUAUUAUAUAAUAUAAUCCUUUUUUGAAAUUUAUGGACCAAUUGUUGACUUUUGCUGUUUGCAUUGCUAGAGAACACGUUAGAUGAUGAUAAUCUUGCAGAAAGAAAAAAACUAUCUUGGGGCUCAAAGGUAUGGGUCAAAUGGAAAAUAGUUUGUAUGUCUAGUUAAGGAAUGGGAUGAAAAUUUGGAAGUAACUUCCUUGCCAAGUUUUUUCCUUUCCCUGUGUUGCGACCAGAAGUUAUCAAACGUGUGAAAUCCUACAGUGGAAGAAGCUGUAUGCAUGCUGCAAGUUCUUGGCUCAAUCUACACUGUUAAAAUAAUGUCAAUAUAAUUAUUAAAUUAUUGUUACUUUUUUGGUGUAGAUUGUGCCAACAAAUGGUGGCAUUAUAGAGUCUGAGUCGACCUAUCUAUUUUGCAUGAAUUAUAUCAUGCUUCGUUGUACAAUGUGACAAUGAAAAGUUAAGUGGAGGCAGAUGAAUUAUGUGAUACAAGUCAUGCUAAAUAUUUUUUUCCAAUUUCAUUGUUUGACUGUUUGCUUUGAGCUGAAAGCAGAGCUUCCUCCUGGAAGAAGAGGCACUACUAGCACAAACACUGGAAUCCCAUUUGGAGAUGCUGAGAUUGAGAUGGAACUCGGUCAAUUGAGGCAAAAAGCAAAGGAAUUUUGAAGCACGGAAAUUGUUUUUAUUUCUUCGUAUUUCGUGAUUGAUUCUAGUUAUUUAUGUAACGUAUUAACAUUGUACAGCUAAGGGCCAAUGACAUAUAUAUUGUAUGACUAGUGGCCAAAAUUUGGAUGGAAAUGCAUUCAAGUCGGAACCCAUUUUUUAGUUUGAAUCAGUUUUUGAAACUUUAUGUAAAAUAUUGCUAGAAUUGCAGCCAUGAGGAAUGGGACCCUUGAAGCUAGUGUUGGAACAUCAUUGGCUUUUUUCCACUAAGCCAAUAUUUUCUUUUUUGUUAUAGUACUCUU